GGCAUUGCUGGGCGUGUAGCUGUAGACUGCUAUGAGGACGUCACACUGUGUGUACUGCGAGUGAGAGAGGAGCUCGGCAAACAGGCAUAGCCCAACUUCUAACCCCAACAAAGCCCUGUUACACUAAGGGUCACCUCCUCCGCCUCCAUUGGGGGCCGCCAUUUCUAUACAAAUAACUUUUAUUCUGCAUGUGAGGAGUGAGGCAUCAGAGCCCGGGAAGUGCCCCCUCCACUCCCCAGUUGUUGUUGCAGUGGAGGUGGAUUGGCUAUUUGGCAUUGCCUGGCGCCGGGACGCAGGGAUCUGGAAGUGUCCUUCCAAGAGAUCCUUGCAGUGUCGCUCAUGGAAAUGAGUCUAACUUGUUUAUAGAGUGGAAAUGGACAAGUUGGCCAUCAUGACUUCUAUUCAAGCUUGAAAUUUUAACAGAAGCCUCCAGCCAACCAGUGUUGUUUUUCAUCCUUUGGAGUCUCCUAUUUGAUGCCUUUAAGAAAAAAAAGAAAAAAGACCUGAUGCCUGUCCUUUCUGUGAGCAAUUUAAAAUAGCUGCUAUAAAGAAGUGCAUCUUGAAAAAAGGUCUUACAAUUUCAGGUAUCCAUCUGUGGCGUACAUUGGUAUACACAUUGUGAAGCACAGACUGGACAUCAUGAUGAAUAAAUAGCAUAGGGCUGAAUGCAUAACUUCCCUGUCAACAACUCCUGGAUAGAGUUUGGUUUCCCUGCCUAAUGUUUUCUUGGUAAUGGAAAGAAGGAAACCGUUUGAUAUGGAACUUCGUGAAUCCGCUGCUAAGUCAAGUAAAAAUGACACUGAAGAAGACAAACCAACAUGUUUUAGUUGUGUUAUCUGUGGGAAAAGUUUCCCUUUCCAGAGCUCACUCUCUCAGCACAUGCGCAAGCACACUGGGGAAAAGCCAUACAAAUGUCCUUACUGUGAUCACAGGGCUGCACAGAAAGGAAACUUGAAGAUACACCUCCGCACCCACAGAACUGGUACACUUGGUCAGGUCCACGAUGUGGAAAUGGGCGAUUCACAUGUUGGAGAAAUGGGUGCUUCUGAAGGAAUGGGAGUCUGUGCAAGUCCAACUAAAAGCACAUCUGCUUGCAACAAAAUCCUCAAUGGCUCUGUACUAUUGGAAGACUCUGAAACGGUGGAUGACAACGCGCCUGGUGACUACCAUUGUAUGUUUUGCAAAAACAAGUAUGACAGAAAGAAGGAGCUUGAUCAACACCUUCUACAAGUGCACAAGCCAUAUAAAUGCAGAUUUUGUAGUUACAUGACUUUGCGAGAGGAGACCUUGCUAAAUCACAUUGAGAAAGAUCAUAUCACAACAGCAAUUCCAUUAAAUAGAGAUGCAUACACAGAAAAUGGCAAAAGUGAACUUAAUAUGGGAGAGUUCCCUUGUGAAGUCUGUGGUCAAGCUUUUAGCCAAUCAUGGUUCCUUAAAGCCCAUAUGAAAAAACAUCGAGGCUCAUUUGACCAUGGUUGCCAUAUAUGUGGCAGGAGAUUUAAGGAGCCCUGGUUUCUAAAAAACCACAUGAAAUCUCAUGGCCCCAAAACUGGGAACAAAAAUAAACCCAAGUCCGAUACUGAGCCAGUAGCCACUAUUAAUGAUGUUGUUCAGGAAGAGACUAUAAUGACUGGCUUAUGCCUUUAUGAAGUUUGCAUUAAAUGUGGAAAUUUAUUUACAAACAUGGAAAGCCUAAAUGCACACAAUUUGGUCCAUUGCAGUAUAGAAGAAAGCACUAUUGAAGGCAAAACGGCACAUACAAGUGACUAUUCACAUGAUGUGGAUUCAGAUGUACCUGCAUCAAAGCAACAUUUCUUAGACUACCUAAAACUACAACCUUUAGAAGCUGUACCUAAAAAUUCUGAUGCUCAGCAAGGGAAAAGAGUUCCUGAACUUGAUCCAAUCAAUAGCUAUCAGGCUUGGCAGCUGGCCACUAAAGGCAGAGUUGCUGAACCAACAGAGUAUGUCAAAUACUUGGGAUGGGAUGAAACCAUGGCAGAUGCAGAUGUCACUUAUGAUAGAGAUAAAGGUGAAUAUAUACUGGCCAAUCAGGAGAAACGUAAACGAGAACCAGAAAGUAACACUAUUGGCAAUUCAAAGAAGCGGAGCUGCUCAAGUGGAAAUCGCAUAGAAAAAAGCGUUGGUAGUCAACUUGGAGAAAAUGUUGCAGAGACACCUAGUGACUUGGCGUUUAGACCACCUUCACGUCAGAGCCGACGGUCUUCUCAGAACAAAUCCACUGAAUGCUUUGAAUGUGGAAAGAUUUUUAGGACAUACCACCAGAUGGUACUUCAUUCCAGAGUUCAUAGAAAGGAUCGUAGAAGCCUGAGUGAAAGUGGUUCAGUUUCUCAGCAUGACCGAUAUGGAUCAAAUAGUGAUGGUGAGUCUGCUAGCAGACCCAGUAGUCCUGACUCCGCUUCUGCACCAGAAGACUCUUUGGCAUCUGGAAUUGGAGAUGAAGGAGGUGAUGAAGAUAGCUUUGAAGAAGCAACUACACCAUCGCCAGGCUUGAAACCAUACCAUCAGGAGUUCUCUGCAGAAGAUAUGGCAAUGAAAAUAUCUGACACAAACCAUCACCAUACCUUUAAAUCUGAAGACACCAGCGAAUGUGAAAGUACAGAGUGUAAAAUAGAUCUGCAAAACCCUUCUUUUGUUUCAAAUAAUCAUCCUGACUAUUCUCUAGUAAAAACUGAAUUUUGCCCAGAUUUAAAAAUACCAGCAUUCAAGUACAACAAAGACCCUCACAAACCAAUACAGAAUAUACCUUCAUCCAUGUCUGUGGUGCAAAGCAGUGUUGACACAGUCAACAUGAAAAAACACUUGUUACCGGCAAAAACACACACAGAUGGAAAGGCAAUUAACUUACUGAAGGAACACUCCACCACAGAAAAUAAUGGUACAGAUAAACAGGAGUUCAUUCCAUUGGAUUUAAGUGAAAAAUCAAGCAGGGAUGAAAUUUGUAGUAAAAGUGCUGUUGAUGCAUUGCAGGCUUCAUUGAUUGUUCAUCAGUGUCCUUACUGUAGUCACAAUACCUAUUAUCCUGAGGUUUUGUGGAUGCACAAAAGAAUAUGGCAUAAAGUCAGUUGCAACUCCAUGGCUCCACAGUGGGUUCAACAGAACGGUUUCAAAAAUUUGAAAAACAAUGUCCUUUUUCUUGUCAGAAAUGGGCGUACCGGUCCUCCACCAGCACUUGGUGGCAAAGAAUGUCCACCAUUACCCAUCACUAAGUUCACACGUACUCAGACGCCAAGUCAAUCUACUGCAUCCAAAAGCAACUCAUCAACUUUAGGAAAUGUUUCUAAAGCAACUUCUGGGUCUCAGGUGCGUGUCAACUCUCGUGGCUUCAGUGGGCCUAAAGCAGCAAACUUUGAUACACAACGACAGCCUAAGGUGGUGCAAGCUCAAGAGCAAUACAAUACAGUCCAACAGCCGUCAUCAAAAGCAAAGAAUGACUCAAGCCCUAAACUGACCCUAACUGGAAAUUACAGUAAAUAUCACACAUCUGCUCAAACAUCAGCAUCUAGACAAAUUCUACAACCAUGUAGUAGCAAACAAGCAGAAAAAUAUACUAUGUCCCAGGGAGCUCCUAGUUUUGCAUCUCCUAAUAAACUUUAUUUGUCUGAUGCAAUUAAAACCAAAUUUUCACUGUCCCAACCACAGUUUCCAUUUCAUAAAGUAGAUUCACACAUCAAACAGGAGAACCCUAUAGUGCCUCCAAGGGAAUCUCAGGCCAAGAUUAUUAAUGAUCUAGGAACAGUGCCCAACUGUAGUGCUGGACCCAAGACUAGCCCUGUUUUGCAAAACCAACAAAGUACAACGGUUGCUCCAUCACCAUUUCAUCCAGUAAAGCAAGAGCCUGCGUCUGAAGGCCAUGAAAAACGAAUAGACGUUCUAAAUAUCUUUAAACCCUACAUUCCAAAGGACCUAGCUACACUGUACCAAAGUUGGGGAGGCAGUAACAAUAAUCUGGAUAAUGCAGGAAUGCUUAGGACACAGGCACGCCAAGGAGACUGUGUAUGCAUCGAGUGUGGGAAAUGUUUCACCCAGCCGAGCCACUUACGCACCCAUAUGAGGUCUCAUACAGUGGUAUAUGAGUCUAAUGGACUCCGAGGUACUGAAGUUCACACCACCUCCGCAGAUGCCCCAAAACAAGGGAGAGACCAUUCCAGUGCAGAUAUUGUCCAUACAGUGCCUCUCAAAAAGGGAACCUAAAGACACAUGUGCAGUGUGUACACCGGGUACCUUUUGACAACAGUGAGUACCCCGACAAGCAGCUUCUUCGACCCCAAAGUGACAAUCCCAACAGUUAUAUGG